AUGAAGUGUGUUGGUGUUUUAGCUUUACAAGGUGCAUAUGCAGAACACUUUAAAAUAAUACAGCAAUGUGUCGAGGUUUACAAAUAUGAUAUAGAAAUUACGACAGUGAAGAAUGAGUCAGAACUUGCUAGAUGCGAUGCACUCAUUAUACCUGGUGGGGAAUCGACUUCUAUUUCAUUAAUUUCCCAACGCACUGGCAUAUUCCAGGCGCUAGUGAAUUUUGUUAAUGAUCCAAGUAAAAGUGUGUGGGGAACAUGCGCAGGCCUCAUAUUUCUGGCGAAAAAUGUAAAGAAUACGCCGGAAUUAGUAACUACCCUGGAUGUAUUAAACGUGAAGGUCGUUAGAAACGCAUUUGGAAGACAAGCACAGUCCUUUAUUAAAAGCUGCGACUUUUCGUCUUUUAUUCCUAAUUGUACAGAUUUUAGUGCGGUUUUUAUCAGAGCUCCUAUUAUUGAAAGCAUUUUAAACUUAGAAAGUGAGAAUGAAGAUAACAAUAUCAGAGUUUUAUAUAAGCUGGAUAAUGGAUCAAUUGUAGCAGUAUCUCAAGGAAAUAGAAUUCUAGCUACUUCUUUCCAUCCAGAAUUAGCAGAAGGUGAUAUAAGAUUUCAUAAUUGGUUUUUAACUGAGUAUGUAUUAUAA